GGCGUACAAGCUUAUCCCACGGUGAAGUUAAUAUUUGAUAGGAGAGGAGUGGCGCCUAGUUUGCAAGUAAAAUCCUCCAUAAUCAGAAUAUUGCUAGAGAGAGAGGAGGAACCCGCUUGGUCGCUCAUGGAUUGGUGUCUUGAUGGUACAGACGGUCCUUUCCCUCCCUCUACCCUACCUAGUGCCUCCACUGAGAAAAGUCACACACUUGUCCAGUCCAAGGGCAAACUAAGUUGGAAGAAUGAAAAGCAAUUCAAUUCAGAGAUGGAGUAUUGGUGUCUGAAGCACAGUAGUUCAACUGUGGUCGAGAAUCAUUAAGACCCCAGUGGUGGGUUAAGGGUAGACGGACAGACGGACGUUGGACAGAAAGCCCUCGCUCGUCCGGGAUUAAAAAGGGACUAAGAGAGGCAGAAGACCCAAGACUUCGGUAAAGACAGCCCUCCUCCUUCCCGCCCCUCACCGGCUGUCUCGUCAUGUUCCGGCGGAAAAAGAAGCGGAGGCCGGAGAUCUCGGCACCACAGGACUUUGAGCAUCGGGUCCACACGUCAUUCGACGCAGUGCAGGGGUGCUUCGUGGGCCUGCCGCCCCAGUGGCAGAGCGUCAUUGACAUCCUGAGGAGGCCAAAACCAGUGGUGGACCCGUCCCGGAUCACCAAUGUGGAGCUCAGGCCCAAGAAGACCAUUUGUAGGGGGAGUUUCAUAGGACACGGAGACUACAUCUCCCACGUCAUCUCAGAGAUGACUCGUCUUACCGUCACCAGUUCCAACUCGCUCCGGAAGAGCAGUCCUUCAGCGCGGCAACGGGCACGCUCCAUGGGGCGUCUGGGCGAGCUCGUCGAAGGGGACACGUAUCAGUAUGAGGAGCUGGACCAAGAGAAGCGUCAUAACGGCGGUAACAGCUACUGGCAGGUACAAAGCGAGAGCGGCAGCCCCAAACUGGCUCUUAGGAAAACAUCCACCCUCCAGCCCAAUGGGGUACUGCCUCGGGCAAAGUCGACGCAUGAGAUGAGCAUGGCAGCUGGGGAUAAACCUGCACCUCUGCCGAAGGGGCCAGUCCCCACGCCCCCUAGAGGAGGCGGCACAGGUCAUUAUACACUUAGCGAAUGGUCCGGACUUAUAAAUCGGCCGGGACAACAGAUGGGGAUGCCGCAAAAGGGCAAGGUAGCCAAUCAGAGGCCGGCAUCCUGCUAUAACCUGCAGACCCUGCAGACGCAGCAGCAGGUCAACAUGAGGGUCAAGCCUGGGGUCAGUCACCUGCCGGACCUUCUGACUUCCUCCAAGGAUACUUCUCCUCAGAGACCCCACUCGUCCUGUGACCUGAAGAUGAAUUCAUUAGGGCCCUCGGCCAUGUCCUUACCCAAUGGCACCAGCAGCCUGAUCGCAGGCCGAGGGCGAACCCACAGACCCUCACGCUCCUCCUCCAGCUACACCAUUGGAUCGUUAUCACCCAUAGUUCAGGGGGCUACCAUGCUCCUACUCCCCAAACAGGACAGCCCAUCCCAGCCCCGGCCUUCUCCCACGGGCUCCCCGGCCACCAGCUCAACAGGAACGGCCCAGCAGCAACAGCCCAAGCUCAGGCCAGAGCCUGAGCCGGCCAAAGUGACCCAUGAGCAGUUCAAGGCGGCCCUGCAGAUGGUAGUUGACAAGGGAGAUCCGCGCACCUCCCUGGAGAACUUUGUGAAGAUCGGGGAGGGCUCCACGGGGGUCGUGUGCAUUGCCCGCGAGAGGCAUAGCGGUCGGCAGGUGGCGGUGAAGAUGAUGGAUCUCCGUAAGCAGCAGCGCAGAGAGCUGCUCUUUAACGAGGUGGUGAUCAUGAGGGACUACCGGCACAACAACGUUGUGGAGAUGUACAGGAGUGCCCUGGUGGAAGAGGAGCUGUGGGUUAUCAUGGAGUACCUGCAGGGCGGCGCUCUAACCAACGUCGUGUCUGAAACCAGGCUGAAUGAAGAGCAGAUAGCCACCGUGUGUGAGGCUGUGCUACAGGCGUUAGCCUAUCUCCAUUCCCAGGGAGUUAUCCACCGUGACAUCAAGAGUGACUCUAUACUGCUCACGCUGGAUGGGAGGAUCAAGCUGUCAGACUUUGGAUUCUGUGCUCAGAUCAGCAAAGACAUCCCCAAAAGGAAGUCCUUGGUUGGAACACCGUACUGGAUGGCUCCAGAGGUUGUGUCAAAGACGCCAUAUGGAACUCAGGUGGAUGUGUGGUCCCUGGGUAUCAUGGUGGUAGAGAUGGUGGAUGGAGAGCCUCCUUACUUCAGCGACACACCAGUGGCAGCUAUGAAGAAACUGAGGGACGAGCCGCCACCCACAGUCAGGAACACACAGAAGAUCUCCCCUGUGUUGAAGGACUUCCUGGAUCGUAUGCUAACACGGGAUCCCCAGGAGCGGGCUACCGCUAGCGACCUGCUGGAGCACCCCUUCCUGCUGCAGUGUGGCUCGCGGCAGUGCCUGGUGCCCCUAGUGGAACGAUACCGUAAACGCAUGUCCCGCUGCUGACUCGCACAAACACACAGGAUCCAUGGUGGCCGAAGAAUGGGCUGAUCCCCUGACGUCUGACCCUGGGUUAACAGGCAAACUUUCGCUCCAUCCACCGCAUUUGUAUUGAGUCUCAAUGCCCACUACAGGAAGUGGAUUUACUGUCACUCGGUGUGUGGAUGGAUAGAUAUGGAGUCGAUCAGAAACGCCUCUCUCUCUCUUUAUCUUGUCCCUUUUUAUUUGCUCCUUUUCUCUGGAAUCCCUUCAGAUCCACAGGAGCGCCCUUGCUCCCUUGUUGGGCAGUGUAGGGCAGGAUGGAAUUGGAUAUCUGAGUUUAAGGAUUUGUUCAUUAAUUCUAUGCAAAAAGAGUGCAACAAGCCCCAAUGCAGAAUUGCAGUGACCUGAACCUUCUGUACUGAUCAUCUCCACCAUCGCUGUCCAAUUUGUCCGACUGACUUUGAAAUGUAACAAUUACGACUGACUUUGGUACUAUACUUGUUUGGUAAUUCGUUCUGUAAAACAAAUGAAUGACCAGACCCUUUCUACCAGAUCACAUAGUGGUACCCCUGGACUUGAUCAGGGGAUGAUCUACAAAGUUGUCCCAAGCAGAAGCUUUGUUUUGGUAUUGCUGGAGAAACAUGUUUUUAUAGAAUUUCAAAAUGGAUAAAGUAUUUCGGGAUAUUGCAGAUAUGAAUGUGAGUAGUAUAGUAAAGAGUAAGACUAUACUGAGUAUAGUCAAUGUUCUAUUGUAGGACAGGUAUCCCUGGGAAAACACUAUUUUAAUCAGAACCGAUCACCUGUAUUUAAAGUAUAAAAAGGGAUCUUCCAUACUUUGGUUAAACAUGUUUUUGACAAAAUAGGCAUGCAAUAUAUUGAAAUGAAAUAAAAUGCGGACAUGAGGUAGUUCAAAAUCUCAAGACCGGAUUGUUUUGUAGCCUACUGCUGUACCCCUGUUAGCUGACUAGCCUACUGAUGUACCCCUGUUAGCUGACUAGCCUACUGAUGUACCCCUGUUAGCUGACUAGCCUACUGAUGUACCCCUGUUAGCUGACUAGGCCACUGAUGUACCCCUGUUAGCUGACUAGGCUACUGUACUGUUUGCCAACACUGGAUAUCUAUGUACUGUAGCUUUCUUAUGUCAACACCCAUUUUCACAUGCAUUUUUGUCCUUCUCAGAAUGUUCUGUAUCUGACCCUGUACAGCAGUUUAUAUUUUUCAUACACUUCAAAAAUGUGACUUCACUUUGCACGUAAGUACUUGGUAAGUACUGGUAAAGGACAAAACCUAUGAAGGUACUUCUUUACAUUUUUUAAAAUAAAUAUCUGUGAACAAAUGCUGUA